CUUGUUUUGGCUUAUUUAUAGAAGUUCUUUGAUAACCAGUGAAAAAUGAUACUCGGUGGAAACAGCAACUGGCUCAGUUGAUUUUAUGAGUCUGUCACAGGAUCUCUUAGAGCUUACAUAAGAGAGGCGUGUGUGCAAAAACCUGAAAAGAUGGUGCUGAUGUGAGAUCUGUGGCAUCAUGAGGGAACCCAGAUAAGAGUAGAGAGGUGCAGGAGGAGAUCAGCAGAAGAAGGCUCCCUUUUUUGCAUGAGGGUUGGCUGAAAGCACAAGAAAUCCACAAUACAUUACCAGCACGCGGGCGUGUACACAACAGUGCUGCAGUCAGGGCAUCAAUUUUGUAUAGGAAAUGAAUGUUGAGGCAGUGUAGCAGCGGCUGUGAAGCACUUAGGCUGAGCGCGCAUCCCUCCCUCUCUCUCCCCACUGUAACCACGGGCUGAGGGGAGGAGGGUUCCGCUGUUUUUGUGCCAUGGGGGGAAGAGAGCGCUGGCAGCAGAAUCAUGUCUGCCUCCGACUCGAGCGCUACAGGACUCAUCUGUAACAAGGGUUCAGCCGAUUCCUACACUAGUCGACCCUCUGAUUCCGACCUGUCCCUGGAGGAGGACCAGGAGGCGUCUCGGCGUGAAGCCGAGCGCCAGGCUCAGCUGCAACUGGAGAGGGCCAAGUCUAAGCCAGUAGCAUUUGCAGUGAAAACCAAUGUGAGCUAUUGUGGGGCUCUUGAUGAAGACUGCCCGGUCCAAGGUGCGGCUAUCAAUUUUGAAACCAAAGACUUUCUACACAUAAAAGAGAAAUACAACAAUGACUGGUGGAUUGGCCGACUGGUAAAGGAAGGGGCUGACAUCACGUUCAUCCCCAGCCCAGUAAAACUAGAGGCCAUGAGGAUAAAACAAGAGCAGAAAGCAGCAGCCAGGAAAGGAGGGAACGCGUCAUCGGGAGGCUGGAGGUCCACCCCUCCAUCUGCAGCCAAACAGAAGCAGAAACAGACUGAGCAUGUUCCUCCAUAUGACGUGGUUCCCUCCAUGCGGCCGGUGGUGCUGGUGGGGCCUUCGCUGAAAGGUUACGAGGUAACAGACAUGAUGCAGAAAGCCUUGUUUGACUUCCUCAAGCACAGAUUUGAUGGCAGGAUCUCUAUUACACGGGUGACUGCUGAUCUGUCGCUGGCAAAGCGUUCGGUGCUGAACAAGAAGGCCAUAAUGGAGAGAUCCAACACUCGCUCCAGUCUGGCUGAGGUCCAGAGUGAGAUAGAGAGGAUCUUUGAACUGGCUAAGUCUCUUCAGCUGGUAGUCCUGGAUGCAGACACCAUCAACCACCCAGCGCAGCUCCUCAAAACGUCCCUGGCUCCCAUCAUCGUCUAUGUCAAAGUCUCCUCACCCAAAGUUUUACAAAGGCUAAUUAAGUCUCGAGGGAAGUCACAAAGCAAACACCUAAAUGUCCAGAUGAUGGCUGGGGACAAGCUGGCACAGUGUCCACCUGAGAUGUUUGAUGUAAUACUGGAUGAGAACCAGCUGGAAGACGCGUGUGACCACCUCGCAGAGUACCUGGAAAUCUACUGGCGUGCUACACAUCUCCCCUGUUCUGCCCCAGUUAAUCCUUUACUGGACCAAAGCAUGAUCACCCCACCUUCAGCCAACUCCAGCCAACAGUUUUCUGAGACUCAAGAAUUGAUAGAAUGAUCACCUCCACAUGUGUUGGAGCAGCCCGUGCUGUCGGCUGCUGUCAGACCAGUCAAGUUUUAGAGUCCAGGGACCGGGGCGCCUCAAGGGGGCAGCAGCAGCCCUCACCUCUCCAAAGCCAGCCUCCACCGUCUCUAGCCACAACUGGAGCAAAGAAGAGAGCAAGAGCAGGGUCCAUGAGUUGAAGGACAGAGCAGAAGGUUGGUGAGCUGGAGGAGGAGAAGACAAAAGCCGGAGCAGGGGAACGGUGCAACAGAGAAGAAGAAGCCUCCGCCUCACUGCUGCCCCCUCGGCCAGAGCUCCCUGCUCCCACUGUGACGCGACAACUCAGGGUAGCUUCCAGUGCAGCCAGUGCAGCUGUACGGUGUUCACCACCGCACCUCCCCGACCCCCAAACCCACCCCCGUGUCAUCCUCCCUCACACCUCCAUCCCUGAUCCCUGCUUACUCCCAACAAUGAGCCAGCCCAUGUGUGUUCAGACACCCACAGGUGACAGUCUGAAACACACACAGGCUGGUUCAAACUCUCACUGUAGACAAACGACACACCUGUGAACUUCUGGUACGAUUGCUCACAGUAGCGUAGCGCGACAGAGCUGUCAGUAGAGCAUGCAUCUUCCCAGUGCAGACGUCCCAGGUUUUCACGUGCGAUACACCUUGCGUCUCUCUCUCUGCAGGUGAAGAGAGCAACAGAAAAUCAAUUCUGUAUGUCUUCCAUGUUUCCAGCUUUAAGUGAGCUGUCAUUCCAAAUUUGUAACUGUUUUUCUUAAAGACACCGUUGCUCCCAACCUGAGAUGGAAGACACAAGGAAAAGAAACAUCGUCAUCGUUCUCCAUCGCUUUAAUCUUUCUCCGUGUUAAUUCAGUAACAUUCUUGAAUCGAUCUACCUUUCUGCUGUAAGAAUCUAUACAGCUAUCUGUAAUUAAUAACAUUGCCAUCAGUGUAACUGAUUGCAUAUGUACAGGUAUAUGUAGCAGUCAUUCAGACCCACUUAUAACAAGCACAGAUAUGCACACAGCCUAUAUGCAUCUUUGUCACAGCUGUGAAUGUAAAUUUAUGGAGGUCCAUUGGCUUCAAAAAAGGAUUAUUUACAAUAGCUGUUUGCAGAUAGUUGUAGGAAAAACUUGUGACAAAGCUCUUGUAAAAAAAACUAAAAGCGGACAAACCCAAAACACAUUUAGCUUUAUUAUUUACUUUUAGGACUAGUUUCAAAGAAAGAUAUCCCGAUUAUCUCCCUACAACUGUAACUUACCCUUGGUUUUAUCCCAUAAUUUAAGUUUGAAAAUGCAUUUUAAUCACUACAUUUAAACUAAACAGGCAACGUGGUCAGAAAGAUUGGAUUUUUGUUAUCAUAUUUGCAUUUCUCUCUUGCUACUCAAGAAGUAACUAAGACUUUCAGCAGACACCAGAAGAUAAAACACAUCUGCACCCAUCCUCCACCACGCAGCUGAAAUAUAAGACAGCAUCUCCCCUAAAGAGCCGUAACAGUCUCUGAGCACAUCAGAAUAUUGUAAAUGGUUCUCUCCUAAGGAGGUUUGUUUUAUAUCAGCAUGACAAGCUUACAAGCUAGACAUCUCCACUUCUCAGACUGCAGGUGUAUGUGUAUAACUGUACUCAGAAAAAGGAAUGCAUCUCAAUAAGCACUGAAAUUCUCGCGUACAUGAAAAUGCUUAAAUCAUGUUAAACUACAGAAUUCAGCUAAUAUAAUUACACAUUUACUGUAAAUAAAAUGAUGUAUCUGCAUGACAUGUUGUACUCCUGUUGCAUCAGAAGGGCUUUUUAGGAUCAUUCUCACAUGAGUUUUUCACUCAUCAGAGUGAAUCAUCGUGACCCAGAUAACCACAUACAUAUGCAUUAUCGAGGCUUAGCUGUAAAUACUGUAUAUGAUUAUAGUCGGAUUGCACAGAAAUGCUGCAAAAUGCUGAUGGAAACUAGAAAGGUUUUUACCACAGGACGCGAUUCUGUAUGGGACACCUCAGAAAGCAUGUGUUUAUGUGUGAUGUAUUUGUAGAUUGUUACACCGCUUAUCCAGGGCCACCGUUACCAUUAAGUCACCUCGUACGCUCAUUCCCCCUGAGGACUUUAGUUUCAUGACUUCCAAUUGGUGAAACAGAGAGAGCACAGCACCUUCUUUGGAUAAAAGUUUCAACUUUCAAAAUUUCAGCUUUCCCCUUCGCUUGAUUUUUAUUGCAAGAAAUUUCUACAUAAAGUGAUCUAUUCUUUUGAUGUCCAAAGCACAAUUUUUUAUUGUUUCCUAUUGCGUUUUACGCGCCUAAAUUCUGGAUGCAAUACAAAGUUUAGCAUUGACAAGAAACUAGCUGAGACUAUCAAUAUACCCCCUCAGUUGUGAUGGGGUAUAACUGCACUAAUAUCAUUUAUAGGUAUGCUUUUUGAUGCAAUAAUUGCUCAACCGUUCGUUUAUGCUGUAUGCACCUUCUAUUGUAAACAAGCUGGUUUCUGACAAAUCAGCCAGAUAAAUAAUAUCCAGCACUGUCUGACGAUGAUGAGAACAGGGUGCAUCUUUGUCACUACCACAAGUGAAGGAUGGGGUGAAUAAAAACAUUGA